UCAGCGGCGAAGCGUCGUCUCAGCAUAAUAAUAGCGAGGAUUCCAGAGUACCUUACAGAGAAGCUUAGAAAUUCUUUGUGAGUUGGUGUAAAUAAUGGGAAAGAAAGCCAAAGGGUCAAGGAAGGGUAAGAAAGCUUGGAGGGCUAACAUUGGUACGGAAGACAUUGAAGGCUUCGUUGAGAAAUCAACUAAGGAUGCUCUUUCUGGUGGCCCUGUGGAUUCCGUUCCCAGCGAGUCUCUCUUUUAUAUCGACAAGUCUAAAGAUCUUUCGGUGAAAAAGAAGAUUGAAAAACAUAGGGAAAAAGUCCUUCGUUGUGACAGCUUGCUACAGAAGAACCCAUUUUUAAACUCUGUGCCAUCUUCAACUCUGAAGAAGUCCACUAAAAAGCACAAAGAAGUCCAUUAUGCAAAAGAGGCCACUCAGGAUGACUUUAAGGUUGAUUCUGGCUCUGCUUCUGGCGUGUUUGAUCUAUGGGGAAAUAGAGAUGAGGACAAUGCCAAGGUCAAAAGGGUAUCAAAGCCUUCUCUUAUUCCAGCCGUUGAAGUUGAUCCUCCUGGAUGCUCAUUCAACCCCGCAUUUGAAAGCCACCAGGAUACAUUAGCUUGUGCUGUUGCUCAAGAAAUGCAGAAAAUCUACAAAGAUGAAUUGGGACCUGAGCCUGUAACCAUUAGUUGUCCCUGGAGAAGCUAG